AUGUUCAAGAGUCUGGUCCUCUCGGUACUUUUUCUGACGGUGGAGGGAUUUCGCGUGAUGAACGACGUCGACUCGAAGGGCGUCACCUACUCGCCCAACUACCCGGACAACUACGACAACAACAUGAACGUCGACUCCAGCAUUGAGGUGUGACCGACCUUCGGCAGAGGCACUUUCCGACUCGAGUCUGUUCAAGAAUCGAUCUUUUAGGUUGCGCCCAACAGUUACAUCCAUCUGACGUUUCUGGACUUCAACACGGAAGAUCCUUACGAUUAUCUGAACAUCAUUGAUGCAAACACCGGUGUGUCCAUUGUCAAGUGAGGAAAUGAAUUAAACUUGGAAUACUCAUUAGAUGAUUUCAGUUUCACCGGCUCGUUGACUGGGACAACAUACGAUCUGAACGUCUCGCGGGUGACGUUCAGGUUUGUCUCCGACUUGACCACAACUUACCGGGGCUACGCAAUCCGCUUUGAGAGCAUACUCGGUAGGGAAGAUUUUGAAAAUUUCAACUUCGAUUUUCGGUCAUAAUUCAGCGUUUUAUUUUGAAAAGAAGAGCUGGAAAAGUUGAGAGAACGGUUUUUUUUCAGACGGCAUGACCUACGAGCCAGACAACACGUGUCCGAAUGAGACCCACAGCGAUUCUUUCGGCAUAAUCAGCUCUCCGAAUUGGCCGCUCAACUACCCGGACAACAUCGCCUGCAGCUACCUGCUCACGGCUCCAGCCGAUCGAGUGUUCGUCUUUUCUAGCUUGAUCAACAUCUGAACUCGAAACCUGAAAAAUAUAGAUGGAUCGAACUCUAUCACAAUGAUAUUUUUGCAAAUUUUUUCGACAAAAAGUGGAUUUAUUAAGCUACUUGAUGUAACUCAAAAAUAAGUUUUCAUAAUUUUACAGCAUUUCACUCGAGUUCCUUGCCUUCGACACGGAGCCAGAGUACGACUACGUCUGCGUUUACGACGGUUCUGACAAGACGGCCCCUCUUCUCGGAGUGUCAGUUUUUUUAAGCAGUUGGAAGAUCUAAAAGAACACGAAGACAGGGAUCGAGUCUCCAUUAUUCUUUGACUUUUUGCCUGCAAAUCCCGAGCAAUGAUAACAGACCUAAUCAGUUAACUUUAUCAGGAUUAAAAGUCAAAAAAGCAAAGUUUAACAGAGUUAGAGCCUACAACAAAAAAAAAAUGGUUUCCAGGUUCUCUGGGGUCGAAGCGAUUCCGAUACUGAACACGACGGGGCCGAACAUGUUCAUCUACUUCAGCAGCGACCUGGUCAGCAACUACUCAGGCUUCUCGGCGCUGUACCUCGUUCGCUCGGACCAGGACAACAGUCGCCACGGCGUCGUCCCGAGUUUCCUCCAAACGAUCGGCUAUCAGAAGACGACGACGUCGCCAAGGAGUUCGACGACAGGGAUCAAGCCCCUGGCCUCCAAGGUCCGCAACGGCUUCGACGCCUCCAUCCGCUGCAAGUAG